AGGCUUUAGGGCAUCCGAACGCGAAGAGGCCGAAGUUAGGAAUGCUGAAAUUGCUACCUUUGGAUAUUAAUAUUUAGGCUAGCUGGAGAUUUUACCCUUCUAGACUUUGCCACCAGUCAUAUUACCGCGGCGUAUCCUAAGUGUAUUACAAAAUAGUUGAUCUAAAGGGAACCUGUGAUGGCAUUACGCAAUUUAGUAGAUGCUCAGUGUGGUGAGGGCAAUGCCCUCGUUCGCCUGACCCAACAUGUGAUACGUGAUAAAGCACUGGCUGAUGAGGGACUAGGCUGGCAUCAUCGGCAUCCCCUUUCACAAGGGGGUGCUUAUAAAACUCAGUAUGGGCCUACCAUAGAAGGAGACCAGUUGGUUGAAGAAUUCAUGACCGAAACACAAGCAGCUGCUGCAGCAGCUCCCCAGGCAUUUAGAAUGGAUUCACUUCUACAGGAAAUGCGUGAAAUAGAAAGUAUGCGUGCUCGAGCUGGUCCAUUACGAGGUCCUGGUAUUGCAGAUUUGGCCUCUGAAGCUGGGACUUGGGCUGAAGAAUAUCUUGCAUCAGAAACACAUGUUCAGGAAAUUGGCCCUGGUAGUGACUGGACAAAGGAGUUUGUCGAGCAUCAAAAUGGUUUAACUUCUCCAGAUAUAAUCACAGACAAUGAUACACGCUGGGCACAUGAAUACCUCAAUGAAAACUUUCUGUCGCACUUCACUCAGGCUCUGCUGAGCAUGAUAAUGCCUGAAGACAAGCAUAGACUUAUCUGCAAUGGUAUAUGCCAGACUCACUAUUGCAGGUCAGUUCAAUCUUCUGGUGUGAUUAUGCACGGAUGUGCCCGAGCAAAAUGUGGACUAGAACUCGCUCUAAAAACUACUUAA